UAUUUUUUAAUUUUAGAAAUGGGGUCUCACUAUGUUGCCCAGGUGGGUCUCAAGCUCCUGGCCUUAAGCAAUCCUCCCACCUUGGCCUCUUAAGCGCUGGGAUUACAGGCGUGAGCCUCAGUGCCCGGACCCAAAAGAUGCUAAAACCCUUUCACAGAAGCGAUGCUCAUACCCCUAGGUUUGAACCCUGACCACUCCUUGAGGUUAGAGCCCUUUAUACACAAUGUCCCACCCACUAGGUGAGGGGCACUGAGCAGGGGUGUGCCUGGCCACUGGCUCCCCGAAGGCAGUGCCGUGAAGUGGUGCAGCCACCAGAUGUGUGUGGUGGGCACCUCCAGCCCUGCCCGCACUGGCCAGUGGGCUCCAGCACACCCCAGCCCUCCCAGCACCAGGCAGGUGAGAGGCAGUCCCAGGUGAGGGCCCACUCUGAGGAUCCUCUGUACCUCCCUGGAAAGUGUAUGAAUGGAGACAAUGUUCCUCACAUCCCUUUUCCUUUUCCUUUUUUUUUUUUUUGAGACAGAGUCUCCCACUGUCACCCAGGCUGGAAUGCAGUGGUGCGAUCUCGGCUCACUGCAACCUCUGCCUCCGGUUCAAGCGAUUCUUCUGCCUCAGCCUCCCAAGUAGCUGGGAUUACAGGCACCCGCCACCACGCCCAGCUAAUUUUUUUUUUUUUUUUUUUUUGAGGAGUGUCUCUCUGUCGCCAGGCUGGAGUGGAGUGGAGUGGUACGAUCUUGGUUCGCUGCAACCUCUACCUCCCGGUUUCAAGUGAUUCUCUUGCCUCAGCCUCCAGAGUGGCGAGUGGCUGGGACUAGAGGCUUGUGCCACCAUGCCCAGCUAAUUUUUGUAUUUUUAGUAGAGACGGGGUUUCACCAUGUUGGCCAGGAUGGUCUCGAUCUCUUAACCUUCCGAUUUACCUGCUUCGGCCUCCCAAAGUGCUGGGAUAUCUAAUUUUUUGUAUUUUUAGUAGAGACGGGGUUUCACCAUGUUGGCCAGGCUGGUCUCGAAUUCCUGACCUCGUGAUUCGCCCACCUUGGCCUCCCAAAGUGUUGGGAUUACAGGCGUGAGCCACUGCACCUGGCCGUCACACCCCUUUUUCAGACAACAAUCCUCAGAGGUUCUUAGCACCCAGGCAGGGGCUUGAGGGAGUUCAUGAACCCUCCCCCACAAAUGAGGGGCACAUGUUUGUGGGUGCAUGUUCUGUGAGUCCCACGGGGUUUCUCAAGUGGGUCUUUGACCAAAGGAGGUUAAGGACCUCGACCUUCCAUGACCUGUCCCAGGUAGGGGUCAGGAUUUGAGCUUUGGUCAGUGGGACUCCCAGGCUGUCCCCAUGAGUGGAAUCACAGGCUCUGAGGGGGUUUUUCCGGAGGUAAGGCUUUCCUGCAAACUGGAAGGCAGGUCUUGGGGACACUUGAGUCCCUGGACUUAACCCCCGUGCCCACCUCUGGGGUGUUUUGGCCCGGGAGGCCUGACUGGCCACUCACUCACCCACCCAUGGAACAUAACUGGGUCCUGGGCUCUGCCCCACCCUGGGUUCCAGCCCCAGCCCGUCCCGCCUCCAUCCCCCUUCCUGAGUGCCCCCCAAUCUCCACAACAGGCCCCUCAUCCUCUGGCCUCUGAAGAUCUUAGGCAGCUCAGCUCAGCCUCGGUUUCAGCAGCAGGGGUGGCAAGAGCGCACCUGAGCUGAGGUUGAAGUGGGGGGUAGUUUUCUAGGCCGUUGCCAGGGCGAUGCCACCUGAGCUGGGCGCCAGGCACCUGUCGUCUGGGGAACAGUGCGGGCGGGGCCCUUCCCCCGGGAGCUAGCGGGGCCACUGGGCUGAGACGGGGGAUGGAUCAGAUUCCAGAGAGUCCCAGGCGGGCGGGAGUGUGCGAUACUCGGGGAGCUGGGGCAUGUUUGCAUCACGAAACUCGGCUGGGGGAGAGCAGAGGCGGCUGGGGAGGGUCUGCGGAAGGAGGAGGCUCAGGAAGGCAAGCCGACGCCCCCUGUGUGUGUUUCUGUCCUGAGCCUGUUACUUUUUUGACCCCCGAUCCGUCUCUUCUUCCUCAGCUUGUCCUCCAUCUUCCCCUCCUUUACCCUUGGUUCCCACAUGCACAGAUGCUACGGACGCUUUUCCUCCCCUGUCCCCACUCAGCCGCAGCAUCCCCCGCUGGCCCCCAGGCCCCUCAUCCAUCUGCUGCCCACGAACCCCCAGCCCCGCACCCUCCCCGUGGCUCAGGUCUCCCCUAUCCCGGCCUCCCUGCACUUCACUCUGCUCCUCCCCUGCCUGGGCCUUAAAACCCCGCCUGCAGCCAAGAGCCCGCAGAGUCCCCAGGUGGCACUGUCAGAGUCGUUCAGUGGGAACCUGCGCCAGCCAGCAGGAGACGUGGCUGUCCUCAGCCUGGCAGUGCGUCUGGAGGGCCUGUGCGAGCUCAGCCCAGGUGUGACAGCGGGGUGGUAAGAGCAGCAGCACCCUCAGGGCAUCCGAUGGGCGGAGGCCCCUCGAGGUGACACCCACCACUCAGCCGAGCGGGACUACGAGUCUGCUUUGUGCUCCGCGAGGACCAGAAACACCUGCAAGAGGCACGGAGAGGAGGCGCCUUUCAAGAGGCGCCUUUCACGGAACUGAGGACUGGCCUGGCUUGGGGACACCAACAAGCCUUCCCCCUCCUGCUGGACACAGAGACACCCACCCAGCACACCAGACACAUCCUCUGAGUCACCUAGGCCGCCUGGGGCUGAGAAGACCUAACCGAGGGGCCAGAUGGCUUCGACCGGCUUAGAACUGCUGGGCAUGACCCUGGCUGUGCUGGGCUGGCUGGGGACCCUGGUGUCCUGCGCCCUGCCCCUGUGGAAGGUGACCGCUUUCAUCGGCAACAGCAUCGUGGUGGCCCAGGUGGUGUGGGAGGGCCUGUGGAUGUCCUGUGUGGUGCAGAGCACGGGCCAGAUGCAGUGCAAGGUGUACGACUCACUGCUGGCUCUGCCGCAGGACCUGCAGGCCGCACGUGCCCUCUGUGUCAUCGCCCUCCUGCUGGCCCUGCUUGGCCUCCUGGUGGCCAUCACAGGUGCCCAGUGUACCACGUGUGUGGAGGACGAAGGUGCCAAGGCCCGUAUCGUGCUCACCGCGGGGGUCAUCCUCCUCCUCGCCGGCAUCCUGGUGCUCAUCCCUGUGUGCUGGACGGCGCACGCCGUCAUCCAGGACUUCUACAACCCCCUGGUGGCUGAGGCCCUCAAGCGGGAGCUGGGGGCCUCCCUCUACCUGGGCUGGGCGGCGGCUGCACUGCUUAUGCUGGGCGGGGGGCUCCUCUGCUGCACGUGCCCCCCGCCCCAGGUCGAGCGGCCCCGCGGACCUAGGCUGGGCUACUCCAUCCCCUCCCGCUCGGGUGCAUCUGGACUGGACAAGAGGGACUACGUGUGAGGCGGAGGUUUCCCCUGGGAUCCCACUGCUCCCCACUGCUCCACCCUUUCGACCUUGGCCUGAUGACCAGAUGCCCUGCUCCAUCACAACCUCCUUCCCCAGGAAAACCCACUUUCCAAAAGCCCAAGCUACACCUGGCUGCAGGGCUGGGUCAGCUGGCCUGGCUGAGCUCUUCUCAGUGGGGUCCCCUUUGAUGUUCUCCCCCAAGUUGGGCAGCCUAGAGGUGUUGGGAACCCUGGCCUGCCCCCGCCUCCCCAGUAAUUGUUUCCUUCCGUUGCCCUGGCUGGCCUUCCUUCUCUUCUGUGCCCUCCCCUGCCCCAGGAACCCUGGCCUCACCAAAACAGCAGCAGCUCAUUGGCUCCAAAACCAGGGAGCAGAUCAUGCCCUCCCAACCCUGGAGUUGUCAGGGAGGGCCUGCCCAUCACCUCCCUCUCCCCAACAUCCCCACCCUCGAGUUGGAAAUAAAGAGCAUUUGUAACUGG